CAUCGUCGACUUCCAUCGUUUGAAUCUCACCUCCGUUUUCCCACAAAAAAAAAGCACGGUAAACGCUAGUUGAUAUCACCCUUCAUCUAGUAUAAAAUUGCUCUCGUACAAUGCUUGCAGCGGCAAUUGAGACGGCUGGUUCCGGGCAGCAUGCCCGCCUUCCGCCGAGCAAGAUAAACCGAAAGGCUCGCAGAGCCCUCAAACACAAUACCAACGCCAACCCCAACGGGGACGUUAGCGACUCUGCCUCCGGUGACGUUAGCCGCCGCGACUCCGCAAAUUCUCCUGUCGAUAGGCCCUCUGUCGUCGACUCGGAGGUUACUAUUUCGGCGUCGCCCGUCGACGACGGAGCACACCCGGUCAGCAAAAACCCCUACGUGGAGGUUAUCAACAAGAAGCUUCGUUAUUUAAAGAAGAAGCUGCUAAAAUUGGAGAAAUACGAGCAGUCGGCGAAGCGCGAUCUCAAUGCAGACCAGCUCCAAGCGCUGGAGAAGAAGGCGGAGAUUGCUUACGCAUUCAAGGAGCUGGAGGAAUCCGCCAAACUUCUGGUUGCCGUAGGUGCCGAAGAAUCGAAGGCGAUCCGUGCUAAGGAUAUCGCCACAGACAAGGAUGUUAAGUCCAAGAUAGAACUUGCGAUUGAAGAGGAGAAGAACGCUUCCGCCGCAUCGCAGAAGGAAAUUCUGCAAUUGUUUUACGUGCUCAACGUACUUCUGUCUAACCUGGCCAACACGAACGUCGCCCUAUCGGAGAAUCAGUACAAUGCUCUGUUUUACUUCCGUGCAUUCGUCACCGGAGUAGGUAUCGAGCACAUUGAAACUGCACCAGGUUUCUCAGUCGAACAGGCUGAAGAAUACUUGAAGAACUACAAGGAGCGUUCAAGCAUCACUUUCUUCCAAGACGUUACCUUCCGUGGUCUUGCCGAAGCUGUCGAGAUAAUCCUGAACCCACGCCCACAGCCCAAAUUUGGUUUUGAGAGCGAUGAGACCCCGGCUGAAAUCCAACAUGCUCCAUCCUUUUUCUCUCCCUCCGAGAUCAAUGAGGAAUCAGCCCACCCGCACGAAGAUGCGCAAGCCCCACAGGCCGCGCCUUCAUUCGGGACCAUCAGCUUCUUUACGCCAAGUGAAGUGCUCGAUUUACAAGACAGCACCCCUGCUGAAGCUCCCGUCGAGGAACCAGCCCAUCCCGUGGAACAGGAAACCCACGCACCGGUCGAAAGCGAGCAUUCCGAAGAGGAACACGCUGUCGUUGCCCCGGCCCUAGUGAAAAUUCCCAUCCACCACGAUCAGCAUGAAGAACAGCCUCUGAUCGAUACAUCCGCCCAGCCGGCUGCUCCCGCACCGGUCGAAGAGGCCUCCACCCAAGUAACGGCACCCGAGCCACAGCCUCAGCAGCAGGUCGAUGCCCAUCCCGGCCAACAGCGUCCUCAUAGAGGUCGUGGCCGUGGAGGCUAUCGCGGGAACCGAGGUCGGGGAGGCGCUUAUAACAAUAACAACGCCCAGCAAGGUCAAGGCCAGUACCACGGCAACGGCAAUAACAACAACGGCUAUCAGAACGGUUAUCAACGCAACAGCAACUACCGUGGUCGAGGACGCGGCGGCGGCCAACAGGGUGGCCAGCAGCCCGGGGGUCAGAGGCAGGCACCAGGCCCCCAACAACAGCAGCAGUGAGAGGUGUCCUUAGGUGUCAUGCCAUAGACUAGCGUUGAAGCGUUUAUCAGAAGAUUUUUGUCCUAGUCCGUCGGUGUCAGUGUUCUGGUGAUACAUCGUUUGUUAUCCUUAAAUUUUGAAGAAGACUUCUUAAGGUCCUAUAGCGUGCCCUCCGAGUCCGCUACUCUAUGGCCCGCUAUUCUAUGGAUCCCAUUCGCAUAUUAUGCACCUUGUUGCGUUUACUUGUGGUGUAUGCGAUGUCGUUGGCCUUGAGAAAUGCUUCCCUUAAAUGAAGCGUAGAUGAGACAAUCGCGUUUCCGAACGCUUGAAUACUAGAAA